AUGUCUCUCAAACAUAGCAGCAGUUGUGAUUUUGUAAUCGAAGGAUGGCUGAUGGUUUGCGACGGCCAGCCUAACGGCAUGCCGUUAAAGAAGUAUGGAGAAUGGCAACCUGGAUACUGUAUAAGUCGCUCUGAUGAUAAAAGUUUGAUUUGCUAUCGAUGGGAGCCGGACGAUAUCCGUUACCGACCAUCGCAAGUUCGAAUCAGACUAGACGGCUCAAGAUCCUUAUUUUCUAAUUAUUGGAACGUCGCAACUAAAGUUGCUCCUAAAAAGCCUUUAUCUGGCUAUCAUACUAUGAGUCGUUGUACGUUACGUACCCUCAGAGAAGAUGAUAUACUACAGACUGAUAUUCCUCCGUCAACAUCAAGGACACCCUUUUUCACAGUUCGGAUCAGACGCAAUACAACAAAUGACGAAGUUGAACCGUUGGAUAGACGAAGUGGGAGUAGUUGGGCAACAAAUCGUUCUCUUGCAAACUCUGCUCAUAACUUACACAUGGCUCAACGAGGGUCUUCUGGAUCCAGUACUAACCUGACUCUCACACCGAGCAGCGCUCUUCUAGGCGAGAACUCCCUACCUGAUGAAAAUUCGACUACGCCCCAGCGAUUAGCGAACUUCUUCGCGCGUCCAUUUCGCACGAAUCCUCUAAAGAGGACGAAGAGUGUCAGCAAGCUGGAAAAACAACCAACAGUUCCUGGAGAACCACAACACACGCUUAACAGAGUGGACCUUCCGCAUAUCCAAAGAUCCCAAGAAAAUUUAUUAUCUGUUGGUUAUGGUUCACGGAAUUACAGUUCACAAUCCCGUGACUUCUUACCUUCUUUACGUUCCAGUAAAUCCCAUGAAAGCCUUCUGAGUUUCACUACAGCUUCUCAUAUGAUUGAUCUCAAUGAAAAUCCUAGAUUACAUCCUGUACACCCUUCUGUCCUAUCCGUACCUAAUUGUUUCCGUGUUGCAAAUACGUAUUAUGCUUGCCGAACUCCAGCAGAACAAGCAAAAUGGAUAGAGAACUUACGAAGAACAAUGAAUCCGCGGCAAGACUUGCAGCGGAGAGUGGAAAAUUGUUUGCAGCUCUGGUUAUUGGAAGCUAAAGGGCUUGCUGCUAAGCGGAGAUAUUUCUGCGAAAUUUGCCUUGAUAAGGUAUUACAUGCUCGAACUACUGCUAAGCCAAGAACAGAUAAUGUGUUUUGGGGAGAACAUUUUGAUUUCCCCAUGCUUCCCAAAUACGAACAGCUAUGUGUCAACAUAUACAGAGAAGCUGAUCCAAAAAAGAAGAAGGACCGCUCACAGCUAAUAGGAUAUGUUAUGAUUGGCAUUGAUCAACUCACAAGCCGACAUCCGGUAGAAAGAUGGUAUACGGUAACUACUACUGGAGAUACAGGCAACCGUCUUGUUCAUGCCCUGGGCGCUAAAAAUACUCAAAUGGAUCAACCUGCUAUACGGAUAAAAGCAAGAUGGCAAUCCGUCGAAAUAUUACCUCUAAGAGCCUAUGAUGACCUAUUACAUUUUCUCACGUACAACUACUUACCCCUUUGUGCUCAAUUGGAGCCUGUUCUGUCGGUUAAAGCUAAAGAGGAUUUUGCUACAACACUUGUACGAAUUCUCCAUCGUCAGAAGCUGGCGAAAGACUUCUUAUGCGAUUUAAUCAUGUCUGAAGUUAACAUGCUAGACAACGAUCAUCUAAUGUUCCGAGGUAAUUCAUUAGCAACAAAGGCUAUGGAAGCUUACAUGAAACUGGUCUCGCAAGACUACUUGCAGAAUACGCUUGGUGGGUUGACCCAAGAUUUGUUGGCAAUGUCCGAAUCAUGCGAAGUUGAUCCUCUUAAACUCGCAUCUGUUUCUACUCCUACUCUUGAACGUAAUAGAGGUUUACUGAUGGAUUGUGUAGAAAAAGCAUGGGCUUGUAUUCUUAAUAGCACGAGCGAACUUCCACUCGAGUUGCGCGAUGUGUUCUAUACACUUCGAGAACGAUUGGAAGCACAGGGUCGUGGUAGUCUCGCAGAUACAUUGAUAUCCUCAUCAAUAUUUUUGCGUUAUCUCUGCCCUGCCAUUUUGAGUCCCAGCUUAUUCAGCCUGUGCACCGAAUAUCCAUCAAGCACGACUGCUAGAAAUCUCACGCUCAUCGCAAAAACUCUACAAAAUCUUGCUAACUUUACCAAAUUCGGAGGAAAGGAACAUUAUAUGGAGUUCAUGAAUCAGUUUGUCGAAAGAGAAUGGCAACGCAUGAAGGACUUCCUAUUGUUCAUUUCUUCCGGACCUUGUGAUGCCCCAUCUCGUUCUGAUGUUCACGUGGACCUUGGGAAAGAGCUGAGCUUGCUUACAACCUAUUUGGAAGAAUCGUGGACCCCUGAAGUGCAUGAGAAAGCUUCAUCAGACCGUCGUCUCCUCGACCUCCGCGCUGUUGUUUCAAAUUUAAAAGAACACAAAAGGCGGUCAACUGGAAUGGCGAGUUCACCUCUCACUCAUCAAGCAAGCAGUGACUACGAGAACAGCCCUCAACAGACUGUAUUACGUCCAAGAAACGAAAACGUUCCUGCUUAUCGAAGUACUCCUCCAACCGGUCAAGCUACAGUCGUAUCUCGCAACAGACCAGCAGCUCAUCUAAUGACAAGUGAUGAUUACGUCACCAGUUCUGCAUUAGUGGCUACCCCUUCCCGGCACAUAACAAGAUUGAGUGAUGAAACUGGUACAGCAAGCAGUCGUACAAGUGACAAGACUAGCAGUAGUUGCGAGGCAAGGGACACCGAUAGUGACAGCGAGAUUAGAGCUGAGAGACUCAGAAUACGGAAACCCAAAAAAAGGGUAGACGGUAGUCCUGAUACAGGAAGCCUUCCACCCUCGUCCGGGUACCAUAGUAAUAAUCAUAGCAGUAGCUAUAGUAAUUCAUCUGCAUCUUCAUCCCCAGUGGAUCACUUGGGAACUUUAUCACUAGCAAACGCAGGAUAUAGUCCUAACUCAGUAACGGAAAUGCAUCCUGGCACAUCUGGAUAUGGAAAUUCGUACAAUACGUCUCCCUUCUGUGGUUCUAGUCCGGCCUACGAGCGAGAAGAAAACUAUACAGGGUACUCAAAUCAGAUGUUUGGAGCAUCAUCGGAGAGCGAAGUUUCUCCCCGAUCUUCAGUACCACGAACCAAUCCACGAAUGUCACGUGCAUCGGCUCUUUUAAGGCCAACUGUGAUAGAUGUGAUUCCCGGUGAUGAUUGGGAUCGCCCAAACACGGUUCCAAGACGAGAUCAUCCUGCCCCUACAACCUGGAAUAAUAAUAUGUUCGAAAAACCACCCGUAAUAAGUGACCAGGAAAAAAUAAUAGAAGAUCAACGACGAGUAAUCGAAAGACUGAUACUAGAAAAUGAGGAGCUGAAGCGCCAUGUCGCAGCAGUAGGAAAAGGCGAUGAGCGUUCAAAUGGUUCUCAUGAAGAUGUUUUUGAUUCGCGGACAUCUUCUGAAAGAACGAGAAAGCCUGUUCAGUCGUGUCAGUAA